AUGUCUAACCAUUCCAAUCGUCAGGAGAGAGAAAACCUUCAAGAGUAUGACCGUUGGUUGGUGGAGGAAAUAGUACCAUAUGUGAUAAGAGAUAGACCGGGAGAAGCAGAUGAAAUGCAGGCAUACUCGCCAUCCAAUGAACUGGCAAGCCAACUUUACCAAGAGAACAGUCCUCCAAUGAUAUACACUACUACAGAAAGUCCUCCUGCGGGUGUCUGGGUAGAAGGUAACGAUUAUGCAACAGAAGCUGGAUAUUCCAAAGAUGGACGGUUUGUACCCAGAGAACAGUACGUUCCCUUCGAUUCAGAUCUAGCAAGGGCUUCUCCAUUUACUGGAUACCCGGUUCAGACUUCUAUGGCUGGAUAUCAAGCUCAAACUCCUUCAGUCGCUGGGUAUCAAGCUCAAACUCCUUCAGUCGCUGGGUACCAAGCUCAAACCCCUUCAGUCGCUGGGUACCAAGCCCAAACUCCUCCCACGUAUGAUUCUGAUCCAUCGGGACAUGUAGAACAUGGACAUGGAAUCGCAUAUGCACAAUCACGUCCGGCUAGUCGUGAAUUGGAAGAUGGAUGGCACCAAUAUCAACCAGGAGUAUGGGAGUGGCUAGGACAAGGGGCUCCGCCCCCCGGAAGUCAAGGAACUCAACUGCAACCCGCCCGUAACGUCCAGACUCCAGCAGACCUACAGAACACGAAUCGAGAAGCCUACGCACGAGUUAGUGCGCCAAGCAGCCAACGUUAUUCAAGCCCUUCUGUCCAGCUUGUAACAACUCCGAGCCAAUUUCUUGACGCGAUUGAUGGCUCACCGCGAUCCUGGGAGAACAUGACAGAUGUCUCUGACAACCAAUCUGAAGAUCAAAAUCACUCAGUAGCUGGAGAUAGUCAGAGAGUAUCCGGCAGCCACAGAGGUAACCAGAGUAGGGUUCGCAGAGUCCGUCGAAGGAGGAGGCAAUGA